AUGGUCUCGAAGGACACUGACACCGCCUACUCCAUCUGGCGCGGCAUCCGCAACCUCUUCCACGACAACAAGAACACCCGUGUUGUCUACCUCGGCACCGAGUUCCGCAACUUCUACCAAGGCGACCUCACCGCCCUCGACUACUACUGCUCCCACAUGAAGAUCAUGGCAGACCGCCUUGCCGGCCUCAGUGCUCCGAUGAAUGACAAAGAUCUCAUAUGCAACAUUGUCCACAGCCUCAACCUUCAUCUCCAUCAUGCGACUCCGCGCAUCACCCUUCGGCCUUCACCGCCGCCUGCUGUCGUUCCUCAAGACAUGAUCCAUGCUGCAGCUCGAAGAACACCGCAUCGCUGA